GGCAGCCAGGGGACAAGGAAUACACUGAGAUCUGGUGUGUGGGAGCCGCUACUGCAGGAUCAUGGCCACCAGCCUGUGGAAUUCUCUCAGCAGCCCCUGGGUCUCAGUGAGCACCUUCCAGUUACUGCAGUUAGCAGGUCUGCUCUGCUUAGUAUUCCUGCUGCUCAAAGCAGUUAAUUUGUAUUACAGAUGGAAAACACUGAAUGCAACAUUUCAAACCUUCCCUGGCCCUCCCAGUCACUGGCUGUACGGACAUGUUAAUCAGUUUCGUCGUGAUGGAAAAGAUUUGGACAGGUUAGCUGCCUGGAUACCUAAAUACCCCAACGCUUUUCCGCUCUGGGUUUCAAAAUUCUUUGCUUCACUUAUUGUCACUCAUCCAGAAUAUGCCAAAGCCGUGUUUGGAAGAUCAGAUCCCAAAACAUCUACAGGUUACAAGUUCCUGAUUCCAUGGAUUGGGGAAGGUUUGUUGGUCCUUUCUGGGGACACGUGGUUUCAGCACCGCAGGCUGCUCACCCCAGGAUUUCACUAUGAUGUGCUGAAGCCUUACAUCAAUCUGAUCUCUGACACUACACACGUCAUGCUGGAUAAGUGGGAGAAUUACUGCAAUACAAAUAAAUCAGUGGAGCUUUUUCAACAUGUCAGCCUGAUGACCCUAGACAGCAUCAUGAAAUGUGCUUUCAGUUACCAUAGUAACUGCCAGACUGACGGUAAUAAUGACUAUAUCCAGGCUGUGUACGAUCUCUCCUACCUGACCCAUCAGAGAGUCCGCAUCUUCCCAUAUCACAGUGAUAUUCUUUACUAUAUGAGUCCUCAUGGGUACCGCUUCCGAAAGGCCUGCAAAAUAGCGCAUCAGCACACAGAUAAGGUCAUAGAACAGCGAAAAAAACUCCUGGAAAACGAAGGUGAGCUGGAAAAGGUCAAGCAGAAGAGACAUCUGGACUUCCUGGAUAUUCUCCUGUGCGCCAAGGAUGAAUACGGCCAGGGUCUGUCUGAUAAGGACCUGAGAGCAGAGGUGGACACAUUUAUGUUUGAGGGACACGAUACGACGGCCAGUGGGAUCUCUUGGAUCCUGUACUGUAUGGCUCAACAUCCUGAGCAUCAGCAGAAGUGUCGGGAGGAGAUCAGGAGUGUACUGGGGGACAGACGUACAAUGGAAUGGGAGGAUAUCAAUAAGAUCCCCUACACCACGAUGUGCAUUAAGGAGAGCCUGAGAUUGUACCCGCCUGUCCCUUCUGUAUCCCGGGAGCUCAAUAAACCAAUCACGUUCUACGAUGGUCGGUCCUUACCAGCAGGUGCACUGGUCAGUCUCAACAUUUACGCCAUCCACAGAAAUCCAAGUGUGUGGAAGGAUCCAGAGGUAUUUGAUCCCCUUCGGUUUUCUCCAGAAAAUUCCUCAGAGCGACACUCACAUUCAUUUCUGCCUUUUGCUGCUGGACCGAGAAAUUGCAUUGGACAGAAUUUUGCCAUGAACGAGAUGAAAGUUGCGACAGCAUUGACAUUGAAUCGUUUUGAGUUGUCACCUGAUCUUUCCAAACCUCCUUUGAAACUACCACAGCUAAUUCUGCGCUCCAAAAAUGGCAUUCACGUGUAUCUGCGCAAAAGCAGCUGAAAACUCUGGGUAAAGAGUCCUGAGAAAGAGAGGUCUAAUCUGAUAGUAAUUCAUCACCAUACUACAUUUCAUUGUUAAACGUUACCUCUGUUCAUAAUUGAAAUUUAGAAAAAGCUACAAUUCAGAAAAAUACAUUUUGAACAUUAUUACUUGAUCAUGACUUGAACAAAUAUUAUUUUAUUUUAAGAUGCUUCUAAUAUUCUAAAAUUAUCUGGCAAGUGUUUAUAAUGGUUAAUGAGCUGACUUUGUAGAAAUUAAGAAAAUGUAUUGCUGAGAACCUUUAUAUUGGGCGAGAUUACAUAUGGGCCAUCUCCCGCAAAAGCCAGCGACGCUGGUGUUUAGUCUGGUUUUGCUAUCACAUAUACAGCGCCGCAUAUAAAUGUGCAUGUAUAUUUCCCCCCUCGCCCGCUAAUUUUACUCCCAUAAGCUAACCUAAAACCGCGUCGUAAGUUGGUAUCACAUAUUCAGCGCAAGGACUUAAGCGGCGAAAAUGAAGAAAUUUGACUCCAUUUUCACCUUGCCACACAUAGGCAGGCGCAGCAAGCCAUACGCUAAAAUGUGAGCACCGUAAUCCCCUGAAAAUAUAAACUAACACCAUACCGCAUGCGCAAUAGCUACUUGUCAACCGCAUUCCCCCACCGCAAUAACUAAUAAAGUAUAUUAUCGCCUAAUCCACCGAACCCCCACAUCGCAAUAUGCCUAAUUAAACUAUUAACCCCUAAUCUGUCAUUCACCCUCAUCGCAAACUACCUAAUAAAGUAUAUUAACCCCUAAUCCGCCGUACCCCCACACCCAAAUGUGUACAUUCACCCACGUCGCAAACUACCUAAUAAAGUAUAUUAACUGAAUUUCAGUAGCUCUCAUCCUAUUGGCUGAUUUGAAUUUGAAGAUUCAAAUCAGCCAAUAGGCAUGCAAGGUAUGCCAUGUUUAAAUGCGUAACUUGCAUUCAAUAUUCAGUGUACGGCGGUUAUCGUACAAAGAGGAUCCUCCGCGGUCGCUGGUCUUCAGUUCCGCGGUCCUGGAUGAAGAUAGAAGAGGUCACCGCAAUGGAAGAAUAUGUCGCUGCUUGGAAGAAGACUUCACCGCCGGACUUCAGGAACCGUGAGUACCUAUCUGGGGGUUAGACGUAGACUUUUUUUUUUAUGUUUUUUUUUAGAUUAGGGAUUUUAUUGGGCUUGUAAAAGAGCUGAAUGCCCUUUUAAGGACAAUAGCCAUACAAAUGCCCCUUAAGGGGCAAUAGGUAGUUUAGGAAUUUUUUUAGUGUUAGUUUUUUUUAAUUUGGGGGGUUUGGUGGGUUCGGCAGUUUACUGUUAGGUGGAAAUUAUUUUUUUUUAAAAUGUAAAAGAGCUAUUUAAUUAAGGACAAUGCCCUACUAAAAGCCCUUUUUAAGGGCUAUUGGUAGUUUAGUAUUAGAUUAAGGGGUGUUUUUAUUUGGGGGGGGGGCUUUUUUAUUUUCAUAGGGAUUAGGUUUAAUUUUUUAAUUUUGAUAAUUUGGUUUAUUAUUUUUGUAAUGUUAGAAUUUUUUAUUUUUUGUAAUUUUAGAUUAAUUGAAUCUUAGUUUUUUUUUUAACUACUGUUAGGAUUUUUUAUUUUAAUUGUAAUUUAGUAUUUUAAUAGAUUAAAUAGAUUAAUUAGGUUUAUUGUGGUGUGGUAGUUUGGCAGUUUAGGGGUUAAUAAGUUAAUUACUUUGUGAUGUGGGGGUUUGGCAGUUUAGGGGUUAAGUUAAUUAGUUACUUUGCGGUGUGGGGGUUUAGGGGUUAAUACAUUUAUUAGGUAGUUUGCAUGUUGGGGUUGGCGGAUUAGGGGUUAGCACAUUUUAUUAAGUAGAUUGCAAUGUGGGUGAAUGGCGGAUUAGGGGUUAAUAGUUUAAUUAUGCAUAUUGCGUUGUUAGGGGUUGUCGAUUUAGGGGUUAAUACAUUUAUUAUAAGUUGCGAUGUGGGGGGAUUGCGGAUAUAGGGGUUUUGACGUGUUGGGUUUAUUUUAGGGAGGCGGUUAGUCUUUUACGGGAGAUUUAACUUUUUUUUUCUUAGGCCGCAAGUCACUGACGACUCCAGGAAAUGUGUAUUAACGCACAUUUCUGGACAUCGCUAGUUUAUACGACUUACGGCACUUUAUGAACUGCCGGCGGAGUUUAAUGGAUUCCCUGAUGUGUGAGAUGAAAUUACGGGUGACGCGGAUUUUAAGCAGUUACGCUGAGGCCUGCUCCGCAUAUGUAAUCUCACCUAUUGAUGGUCUCCACUUUAUAAAAACAGAUCUGAAAUGUUGGUAAUAUUUUAGAUGGAGUUUAAUUCAUAAUUUGUAAUGAAGAUGCGCUAUUACUUACUUUUUAAUAUAGAUAUAAAAUUAAAAUAAGCUGCGCUCCGGUCUGCAUUGUUCUCCAAGCAAUCAGCACUUUCCCCUUAAGGCACUUUUGUUGUAGCUAAAGCACUGAUUGGCAAACAAUUUAGACCGUUGGCUCACAGAAAAAUUUACUUUUGAAGUAGGUGGCGGAGCUCGGGGUAUUUGAAUUUCAUAUCUAUACUAAAAAGUAAGUUUUAUAGUGCAUCUUCAUUACAUUUAAUUAAUUAAACUCCAUCUAAAAUAUCACUAACAUUACAGAUCUGUUUUUAUAAAGAGAUCUUUAAAUAGAAAAUAUAAUAGAUGCAAAUACAGGGCUCAAAAGCCAUAAAAACAGACAAGGUGCUUUGACCACAUAUGUAACAUCUUAAAAGGACAUGCAACCCACAUUUCUGCUUUUAUGAUUCAGAUAGAACAUGCAAUUUUAAAGAACUUUUCAAUUUACUUCUAUUGUCUAUUUUUUUCCCCUUGGUAUCCUUUGUUGAAAAGGAUACCUAGGUAGGCUCAUUAGCUGCUGAUUGGUGGCUGCAUGUAUAUGCCUCAUGUUAUUGGCUCAUCUAGUUGUUGGGCUAGCUUCCAGUAGUGCAUUGCUGAUUCUUCAACAAAGAAAACCAAGAGAAUUAAGCAAAUCAGAUAGUAUAUUGGAAAGUUGUUUAAAAUUAUAUUUUCUAUCUGAAUCGUGAAAGAAAGCAUUUGGGUUGCAUGUCCCUUUUUAUGUUUUCUUAAAAUGAAUCGCUGGUUCCGAGAAUACGCAACCUCAUGUUGGGGUAGCGUUGGAGAAUCCUAGACAGGCCAUCGAUCUGCCGGGAAACUCUAUUGAUCACUGCUAAUAAAAAGGUUAAUUUUUAUGCACAUUUCAUUUAAAGGGAUAUGAAAUUCUAAGAAAUCUAUGCCAUGCAAAUUAAAAGGCACAAUUUAAAAUGCCAAAAAUAAAAGGUUAUGUUAAACCUGUUUAUUUUGAUUUUGAAACUAAUGAGAAGUUUAUAUCUGUGUGUAUAUAUAUAUGUGCCUUAAGGACUGAUUGUUUACUGGCCGAUAAGCAGAACUUUUUUCUAACAACAGAAUAACACUUUAAUACAUUUUAACAUUUUCUGUCAUAGAUGCAAAAAAGAAAAAAACAUGUUUUUAAAAAAAAAAAAAAAAUAUUUUCUAGAAUGAUGUUAAUUUAUUUCUUAUGUGCUAAUAAAUACGUAAAUUACAUGAAA